CAAUACCCAAGGAAAACCAUUACCGAGAGUAUUAAUUAAUCAAUUGCUCUGGAAAAGAACUGAAAUAGCAGGAAUUAGUAAAAGAAUUACUCCACAUACUUUUCGGCGUUCUCUUGCCACUAACUUAUACAAUCGAGGCGGGAGAUUGGAGACCAUUCAGAAACAAUUGGGGCAUAGCAGUUCGGAUACUACUUUGGGCUAUAUUCACAAUGAUUUCAACACACUUUAUCAAGACUAUAGCAAAAUCUUUCAAAACCAACCCAACCAAGCAGUUAGUAAACCAUCCUUAAAAGGCUAUACUAAUGCCGAACUUUUGCUUGAAUUAAGCCAGAGAAUGGUAAACAGCCAGCAAACUAUCACUAGUCAAUGGGAAGUUCAGCAAGAGACAGAAAGGAGGAAUUAUGUUUAA